CAUCCAACAUGGCCCUUGCGAGACCUACAGCAAAACUACCUCCAGGUGCAAAUCGCAUCCUCUUCGUGAAGAAUCUAAACUAUCAAAUCACCGGAGAAGACUUGUACGACCUGUUCGGACGGUAUGGUAGUAUAAGACAGAUCCGUAUAGGGAACGAGCAGAAGACCAAAGGUACCGCAUUUAUUGUAUUUGAUGAUGUCAUGGAUGCCAAGAAUGCACUAGAUCACUUGAAUGGUUUCCAUCUUCAGGAGCGUUACAUCGUUGUUCUCUACCAUAUGCCAGCCAAACAGGAUGCUGCAACUGCAAAGGCAGAUCUGGCACGCAGGGAGGAGGAGCUUGCACAACUAAAGAAAAAGCACAACAUUGGAGACGACUAAACGUAUCAUUAUUUUAUUGGUUCAGUCUUGUUGUAAUCGAAGUGAUACAUGUAUUGACAUUUUGCGCUGUAUUUUUGUACAUAUCUCCUACCCCCUUUUACUCUAAUUUUAGCUAUGGACAUGAGACAGAUU